AUGGGCAUUUGCCAAUCAACCACCAUGAGCACGAUCAUGCUGACAUCGCUGAUACCCACCGUCCGCCGCGCCGGCCGCGCGGCGCUUGAGGUCUAUUCGGGCGACAUCGAGGUGCGCCGCAAGGCCGAUUGCACACCUGUGACCGAAGCCGACAUCGCCGUCGACGAGAUCGUCGUCUCGGCCUUGCAAAAGGCCUAUCCGGCGAUCCCGGUCGUCAGCGAGGAGCGCGUGGCCAGUCUCGAAGCGGCGCGCGGCGCCCAUCGUUUCUUUCUGGUCGACCCGAUCGACGGCACCAAGGAGUUCAUCCGCAGGACCGGCGAAUUCACGAUCAACAUCGCCUUGGUCGAAGGCGGCGUUCCGGUGGCCGGCAUCGUCCAUGCGCCGGCGCUUGGGCGCCUGUUCAUCGCCGAACCGGGCGCGAAUGCCGAGGAACUGUGCGAGCGCGACAUACGCACCGCGCUCAAGGUGCGCCCGUGCGGCGACGACAGCGACCUGGUGGCGCUUGCGAGCCGGUUUCACGAUUCCGCCGCGACGCGCGCCUUCCUGCGCGACCAUGCGAUCGAAAGCUGCAUCACCGCCGGCUCGUCGCUCAAAUUCUGUGUGCUGGCCGCGGGCAAGGCUGACAUCUAUCCGCGCUUCGGCCCGACCAUGGAGUGGGACACCGCUGCCGGCCAUGCGGUGCUCGCUGCCGCAGGAGGCGAAGUGGUGACCGCCGACGGCCAGCCGCUCGCCUACGGCAAACCCGGAUACCGCAACCCCGAUUUCAUCGCCUCGUCGCCCGGAGACACCGCCAUGUCGACCCUGACGCAUCUUGACCGUCUGGAAGCCGAAGCCAUCCACAUCAUGCGUGAAGUGGUGGCCGAGGCGGAAAACCCGGUCAUGCUCUAUUCGAUCGGCAAGGAUUCGGCGGUGAUGCUGCAUCUGGCGCAAAAAGCGUUCUAUCCGGCGCCGCCGCCCUUUCCCCUGAUGCACAUCGAUACGACCUGGAAAUUUCGCGAGAUGAUCGCGUUUCGGGACCGGAUUCCGGACGAGACCGGCAUGGAGCUGAUCGUCCACACCAAUCAGGACGGGCUGGCACAGGGCAUCGGCCCGUUCACCCACGGCUCGUCGGUGCACACCGAUGUGAUGAAGACACAGGCGCUGCGCCAGGCGCUCGAUCUGCACAGGUUCGACGUGGCCUUCGGCGGCGCGCGGCGCGACGAGGAAAAAUCCCGCGCCAAGGAGCGCGUCUUCUCGUUCCGCACCGUCGACCAUCGCUGGGACCCCAAGAACCAGCGGCCCGAGCCGUGGAAGCUCUACAAUCCCCGAAAGCGGCCGGGCGAAUCGAUCCGCGUCUUUCCGUUGUCCAACUGGACCGAGCUCGACAUCUGGCAAUACAUACACCGCGAGGGGAUCGAACUGGUGCCGCUUUACUUCGCCGCGCCCCGGCCCGUGGUCCAGCGCGAUGGUAUGCUGAUCAUGGUCGAUGACGAGCGUAUCCCGCUGCAUCCCAACGAAGUGCCGCAGACCAGACAUGUCCGCUUCCGUACGCUCGGCUGCUACCCCUUGACCGGCGCCGUCGAGAGCGAGGCGACGAGCCUGCUCGACAUCAUCCAGGAAAUGCUGCUGGCGACGCUAUUUCUGAUGGCCCACUAUGCAUCCGAUCUGGCGGCCGAUGACAUUGCGGCCUACCUGAAAUCGCACGAACAGAAAUCGCUCCUGCGCUUCCUGACCUGCGGCAGCGUGGAUGACGGCAAAUCGACGCUGAUCGGCCGGCUGCUCUAUGAAUCCAAGCUCGUUUUCGAGGACCAGCUCGACGCGCUCUAUGCGGAUUCGCGCAAGUCGGGCACGCAGGGCAACCGGCUCGAUCUGGCGCUCCUGGUCGACGGGCUGGCGUCCGAACGCGAACAGGGCAUCACCAUCGAUGUCGCCUACCGCUUCUUUUCGACCGAAAAGCGCAAGUUCAUCGUCGCCGAUACGCCGGGCCAUGAGCAAUAUACGCGCAACAUGGCGACCGGCGCUUCCACCGCCGAUCUGGCGAUCAUUCUGGUCGAUGCGCGCAAGGGCAUCCUGACCCAGACGCGCCGCCACUCCUUCAUCGUUUCGCGUCUGGGCAUCCGCAACAUCGUCGUCGCCGUCAACAAGAUGGAUCUCGUCGAUUAUGACGCGGCCGUCUUCCGCCGGAUCGAGCGCGAAUACCGCCUGCUCGCGCGUGCGCUGGGCACCGAGCCCGAUAUCACGGCGAUCCCCAUCUCGGCGCUUGAAGGCGACAAUGUCAUCGAACCCGGCGCUUCCAUGCCCUGGUAUGACGGGCCGACGCUCAUGGACCAUCUCGAACAGGUCGAGAUCGGCGGCGACCGGUCCGACAAGCCGUUCCGGCUGCCUGUCCAGUGGGUCAACCGUCCGAACCUCGAUUUCCGCGGCUUUGCCGGCCAGAUUGCCGGCGGCUUCGUCGGUGUGGGCGAUCCGGUCACGGUCCUGCCCUCCGGUCGGCAGAGCACGGUGACCGGUGUCAUUGGCGCCAAUGACGAUGCGCAGGGCGCCGUCGCGGGCCAGUCGGUGACGCUGACGCUGGCCGACGAGAUCGACGUCUCGCGCGGCGACAUGAUCGUCGGCACGGGCGCGCCGGCGCAGACCGGCGACCGGUUCGAGGCCACCAUCAUCUGGAUGGCGGACGAGAAGAUGUUCCCGGGCCGCGCCUACCAGAUCAAGACCGGCAGCGGCACCGCGCAGGCAACGCUCGGCCCGCCCAAACACCGCGUGGACAUCAACACGCUCGCCGAGGAGCCCGCGCGGGACCUGGCUCUGAAUGAAAUCGGCGUUUGCCCGGUCACGCUCGACCGGACGAUCGCGUUCGACCCCUAUGACGACAAUCGCGAGACCGGCGGUUUCAUCCUGAUCGACAAGCUGACCAAUGCGACCGUCGGCAUGGGCAUGAUCCAUCAUGCGCUCAACCGGUCCGACAACAUCCAUUGGCAGGCCACCGACAUCGGCAAAAUCGAACGGGCACAGAUGAAGGGCCAGCGCCCUUGCGUCGUCUGGUUCACCGGCCUUUCGGGAUCGGGCAAGUCGACGAUCGCCAAUCUUGUCGAGAAGAAACUCGCCGCCAACCAGGCGCACACCAUGCUGCUCGACGGCGACAAUGUGCGGCACGGGCUGAACAAGGAUCUGGGCUUUUCCGAUGCCGACCGCGUCGAGAACAUCCGCCGGGUCGCCGAGGUCGCGCGGCUGAUGACCGAAGCGGGCCUCAUCACGCUCGUCUCCUUCAUUUCGCCGUUCCGCGCCGAGCGGCGGCUGGCGCGCGACCUGGUGCCCGAUGGCGAAUUCUUCCUCGUUCAUAUCGACACGCCGUUGGAGGUCGCCGAACAGCGCGACCCCAAGGGGCUCUACAAGAAGGCCCGUGCCGGCCGGAUUCCGAACUUCACCGGCAUCGGCUCUGCCUAUGAGCGGCCCGAAAAGCCGGAUCUGCGCAUCGAUACGUCCGCGCUGAGCGCCGACGAGGCGGCCAACCGGGUGAUCGGCGAACUGGCGUUUCGGCGAACUUGCUUUAUCGCGCCCGCUUGGCGAACAAUGCGCCAAACGGGAGUUGUAAUGCAGUUCAAACCGCCCAAUGUCGCCUUGACCGGCCUUGCCGCCGAGCUGCGCCGGCGCGCCGAGGAUGGCAAUCCGAUCCGUAUCGGCAUGGUCGGCACCGGCGAGAUGGGCACCGACAUCUUCACGCAGGUUGCGAUGAUGGACGGCAUCGAGAUCGCCACCGUCAUGGAGCGCACGCCCGGCAGGGCCGAGCAGGGCGCGACGCUCGCCUAUGGCGAGGCGGGCCGCACGCAGGCGGUCUCCAGCCACGAUGCGGCAUCGGCUGCCAUCGAGGCUGGCAGGAUCGCCGUCACCGACGAUCUCGAUCUGGCCCUGUCGCAUGAUCUGGUCGAUGUGGUGAUCGACGCGACGGGCGUGCCCGAAGCCGGCGCCGAUAUCGGCAUGCGCACGAUCGGCUUCGGCAAGCACCUGAUCAUGAUGAAUGUCGAAUGCGACGUCUGCAUAGGGCCUUACCUCAAGCAUGAGGCUGACAAGGCGGGCGUCGUCUACACGCUGGGCGCCGGCGACGAACCCUCCUCCUGCAUGGAGAUCAUCGAGUUCGUCACCGCCAUGGGCCAUUCGGUGGUCUCGGCUGGAAAGGGCAAGAACAACCCGCUCAAUGUCGAUGCGGUGCCGGACGAUCUUCAGGAAGAAGCCGAUCGACGGAACAUGAAUGUCCGGAUGCUGGUCGAGUUCGUCGACGGCUCAAAGACGAUGGUGGAGAUGGCGGCCAUCGCCAACGCGACCGGUCUCGUGCCUGACGUGCCCGGCAUGCACGGUCCGCGCGCCACGGUCGACCAGUUGGCAUCGGUGCUGAUCCCCCAAGCCGAUGGCGGCGUCCUGUCGAAGCCCGGAUGCGUCGAUUACUCGAUAGGCAAGGGCGUGUCGCCGGGCGUCUUCGUCGUGAUCAAGGCCGAACACCCGCGCAUUCACGAGCGCAUGGCCGAUCUGAAGAUGGGCGAGGGGCCUUACUUCACCUUCCAUCGGCCCUAUCAUCUGACCUCGCUGGAAGUGCCGCUGACCGCCGCGCGCAUCAUGCUGCACGGCAGGCCGGACAUGGUGCCGCUGGAAACGCCGGUCGCCGAAGUCUGCGCGGUUGCCAAGCGGGACAUCGCGGCCGGUGAGACGCUCGGCGCGGUUGGCCAGUACUGCUAUCGGUCCUUCACGAUGAACGCUACCGACGCGCGAUCGGCGCGCGCCAUCCCGUGCGGACUUCUGGAAAAGGGCAGGGCGCUCAGGCCGAUCGCCAAGGGUGAUCUUCUGACCUGGGACAACGCCAUGCCCAAAUCCGGAUCGAUGAUCGCCGACCUGCGCGCCCGUCAGGAUGCGAUGAUAUGGGGCAGCACUCCGGCGCAGGCAGACUGCAUGAGUAUGGGACCCGAUACCCCGCUUCUGGAUACGGUCCGCACGCCAGCGGACCUGCGCGCGCUGCCCGAUGACCGGCUUCCGCAGCUUGCCGACGAAUUGCGCGCCGAGUUGAUCGAUGCGGUCAGCCAGACCGGCGGUCAUCUUGGCGCCGGCUUGGGCGUCGUCGAACUGACAAUCGCCAUCCAUCACGUCUUCCACACGCCGCACGACCGGCUGAUCUGGGAUGUCGGUCACCAGUGCUACCCGCACAAGAUCCUGACCGGACGCCGCGACCGCAUCCGCACGCUGCGCAAGGAAAACGGCCUGUCCGGUUUCACCAAGCGCGCCGAGAGCGAGUAUGACCCGUUCGGCGCGGCCCAUUCCUCGACCUCGAUUUCUGCCGGCCUCGGCAUGGUGGAAGCGGCGCGCCUGCAGGGAAUCGAGCGCAACGUGAUCUCGGUCAUCGGCGACGGGUCGAUGUCGGCGGGCAUGGCCUAUGAGGCGAUGAACAAUGCCGGCCACAUGGAUGCGCGGCAGAUCGUCAUUCUCAACGACAACGAUAUGUCGAUCGCCCCGCCGACCGGCGCGAUGAGCGCCUAUCUGGCGCGGCUGGUGUCCGGUCGCACCUAUAUCUCCCUGCGCGAAGCGGCCAAGCAGCUUUCCAAGCGCAUGCCCAAAUUCAUCCAGGACAAGGCGCGCAAGACCGAGGAGUACACCCGCGCCUUCUUCUCCGGCGGCACGCUCUUCGAGGAGCUGGGCUUCUUCUAUGUCGGGCCGAUCGACGGCCACAAUCUGGACCAUCUGCUGCCGGUCCUGCGCAAUGCGCGCGAUGCCGGCGUCGGCCCGAUCCUGAUCCACGCCAUCACGCAAAAGGGCAAGGGCUACGCCCCCGCCGAGGCCGCCGCCGACAAGUAUCACGGCGUCGCAAAGUUCGACGUGAUUACCGGCGCACAGGCCAAGGCCAAGCCGAACGCGCCCAGCUACACCAAGGUGUUCGGCCAGUCGCUCAUUCAGGAAGCGGAAACGGACGACAAGGUCGUCGCGAUCACCGCGGCGAUGCCUUCGGGCACCGGCGUCGACAUUUUCGGCGACGCCUUUCCCGGGCGGACAUAUGAUGUCGGCAUUGCCGAACAGCAUGCCGUGACCUUCGCCGCCGGUCUGGCCGCCGACGGCAUGAAGCCGUUCUGCGCCAUCUAUUCGACCUUCCUGCAGCGCGCCUACGAUCAGGUCGUGCACGAUGUGGCGAUCCAGAAGCUGCCGGUGCGGUUUCCGAUCGACAGGGCGGGCUUCGUCGGCUCCGACGGUCAGACCCAUGCCGGUUCGUUCGAUAUCGCUUACCUUGGCUGCCUGCCGGGCAUGGUGAUCAUGGCCGCCGGCGACGAGGCCGAGCUCAAGCACAUGGUCCGGACUGCGACGGCCUAUGACGAGGGGCCGCUGGCCUUCCGCUAUCCGCGCGGCGAAGGCGUCGGCGUGGAUAUGCCCGAGCGCGGCGAGGUUUUGGAGAUCGGCCGUGGCCGCAUCGUCCGCGAAGGCGGCAAGGUGGCGAUCCUGUCGCUGGGCGGACGCCUGAAGGAGGCGUUGCUCGCCGCCGAGCAGCUUGGUUCCUUCGGCCUGCCGGCAACCGUGGCCGACGCGCGCUUUGCCAAGCCGCUCGAUGCCGAACUGAUCGGCCAGCUUGCCCGCAACCACGAGCUUCUCAUCACGGUCGAGGAAGGCUCGGUGGGCGGGUUUGGUUCGUUCGUGGCCCAGCACCUGUUCGAUCAGGGGCUUCUGGACAACGGCUUGAAGUACCGGUCGCUGUUCCUGCCGGACCGUUUCGUCGACCAGGCCUCACCCGACCGCAUGUACGCCCAGUCGGGCCUCGAUGCCGAUGGCAUCGUCAAGGCCGUGUUUGGCGCGCUGGGGCGGCAGGAGGCCGAGCAAACAGGCGCGAUCAUCGCCUGA